AUGCAGCCCCAAGUCCAUCUUUGGCUUUUCAUGCUGCUGUCCUCUUGGGCGGCAGCUUCUCCUGUUCUCGUCAAUCCAACAUCCUACCUACAGGUGACAUCUUACCCGUCUUCUAUUGAUAAACGGGGUGAUGAAGCCAUGACUUUCCCAGCCAGUGAAUGCGGCUCGCCCUGUACGAUCAGCUUUCAGCCAAUUACCACGGCAUUGACUGUAUCUGUUCCAUCUCAGACUGUCUGGGUAGCGAGUAUCACCAAAUCCGUGUCCUUUGGAUUUACCCCGGUCACCACGACCACCGUUUUCCAACCGAGUGCCCAGACAUUUUCCAAUAAUGACCCAGCUGCCACCCCGAAAAUUACACUCCAACCAUUGCAGUUGGGAAGUAUUAUAGUUUUCGGUAGUGAGGACAUGGACAUGGAUAUUGACGAUGAAAUGGACGUCGACCACUAUGAGCAAAUCAUCCUACCGGUGGAAUACAUGAUCAUUGACGAUGAUCCAGUGGAGCAUUUGAACGUUAAAUACAACCCGUAUAACUUGGAAAACAAUUGCGCCAUCAUCACCAUGUCUUAUUUGAUGGGAAUGUCAUUAGAUGAGUUCCUCAGCCACGUGGAAUUGAUGCAACCGGGGCCAACUCAACCUGGGGGCAUGAGUACCAAUCAGAUUCAAGAGUACCUCACAGCCACUGGUCGCAGAUACGCGUAA